AUGCCCUCCCGAACCGAGUGUCCCGGCGGUGGUCACACUACAGUCGUAACUGAGACCAUUCCCAUCUCUACCACGGUCUGUCCUGUCACUGAGACUGAGGCUCCUCCUACAACCACUGCUACCACCAAGUGGACUACUUCCACCAUCUACACCACCCAGACUAAUACUAUCACCUCAUGUCCUCCCGAGGUGACCAAGUGUCCCGGCGGUGUCGUAACUGAGACCAUUCCCAUCUCUACCACGGUCUGUCCUGUCACUGAGACUGAGGCUCCUCCUACAACCACUGCUACCACCAAGUGGACUACUUCCACCAUCUACACCACCCAGACUAAUACUAUCACCUCAUGCCCUCCUGAGGUGACCGAGUGUCCCGGCGGUGGGCGGACUACAGUCGUAACUGAGACCAUUCCCAUCUCUACCACGGUCUGCCCUGUCACUGAGACUCACGCUCCUCCUCCUGCUGGCAACCAGACGUCUACUCUCUACACCACCCAGACCUAUACCAUCACCUCUUGCCCUCCUUCUGUGCCCAGCUGCCCCGUUGGCAAGGUCACAACCACUGUCUACCCUACUGGCACAACCACCAUCAAGGGCUGGACCUCUAUCCCCGCUGUUCCUACUCAUCCUACUGGAGUCCCCCCUGUUCCCACUCAGGCUACUCAGCCCACUGGCGCUCGUCCUUCCAAGACCACUCCGUCCUCCCCUCCCGUUGUCACUGCCGCCGCGGGUCACCUUGUUGGAAGCCUCGAGCUCGUUGUCGCCGCUGCAGGUGUUGCCGCUCUCUUCCUGUAA